CUGGAGAUCACUGGAGACGCGAGCUGUCUUCAGCGCAGACUCUGAACUACCCAAAGGGCGUUUGGCAGGAGUCCUUGCCAAAACGAUGCACGCAUUGUCUUUGGACGCAUUGAACGAGGAAGCACCAGCUAUUUGAUAGGUAACGUUACAGGAAGAAUGAGAAAUUUGUGAACAGGUUUUUCUCUGGCGAGGCGCUUUCGUUUAAACGGCAGAUUAAAACCUGGAUAACCUUCACAGACUGCAACAAAUGGACUCAUAAAAGUUGCAAUUGGAGCAUUACUAUAGUUUUUUGUUAUACGCUCAAAAUUAGUGCUGUAUGUGGAUUUUUAACGCACGGAAAGGAAAUUAACAUUCAGUUGCAUCGCCAGUAACUUACCUUAUUUUAAUUGUAUUGUAUAGACGCACAUCUUACUGUGCCAGCAGCCUCACGUUGAUAAGAAAGGAAGGAUAAAGGGCGCAUAGCAUAUUUUGUUCGAGAUAGUAUACGGGCUGUGUAUGUGUACAUUAGAGUCGCUAUCUGAGAUCUGACCAGCGGUACGCGGCUCUAGCAUCACCGCUCAAUAUCAAGGACUGAACAUCUCAAUUAACAACAUGACGGAUGGACCGAGACAAAGAGGCAGCGCAGCCCCGAGCACCAGCGAGGAUGCAGCCGCAGACACGGGGAAUGCCGCAGGACAGUCAUCGGUGGCGCUGAAGAAGGAGAUUGGUCUCGUCAGUGCUUGUGGCAUUAUUGUCGGUAAUAUUAUUGGCUCUGGAAUCUUUGUCAGCCCAAAGGGAGUGUUGGAAAAUGCCAGUUCAGUGGGUCUGGCCCUCAUCGUAUGGAUCGUCACAGGUGUUAUAACAGCGAUCGGCGCACUCUGCUACGCUGAGCUGGGUGUUACUAUCCCCAAAUCUGGAGGCGACUACUCUUAUGUCAAGGACAUCUUUGGAGGGCUGGCAGGGUUUCUGCGGUUGUGGAUUGCUGUGUUGGUGAUCUACCCCACUAACCAGGCGGUUAUUGCUCUCACCUUUUCCAACUACGUCCUGCAGCCUCUGUUCCCCACCUGCUUCCCCCCAGAGAGUGGUCUGCGUCUGCUAGCUGCCAUCUGCUUGUUGCUGCUGACUUGGGUGAAUUGCGCUAGCGUGCGCUGGGCAACACGAGUACAGGAUGUCUUCACUGCAGGGAAACUUCUGGCCCUCAUUCUUAUCAUCAUCAUGGGCAUCGUACAAAUCUGCAAGGGCGAGUAUUACUGGUUGGAGCCGGCCAAUGCUUUCGAGCCGUUUCAAGACUAUGAUGUCGGCCUGAUCGCGCUAGCAUUUCUACAGGGGUCCUUUGCCUACGGUGGCUGGAAUUUCCUCAAUUAUGUCACAGAGGAACUCGUCGACCCCUAUGUCAACCUUCCCCGUGCUAUCUUCAUCUCCAUUCCCCUUGUGACCUUUGUGUAUGUUUUUGCUAACAUUGCUUACGUCACUGCCAUGAGCCCUCAGGAACUACUGGCUUCUAAUGCUGUAGCUGUGACAUUUGGUGAGAAGCUGUUGGGAGUGAUGUCAUGGAUCAUGCCCAUCUCUGUGGCCUUGUCCACAUUUGGGGGGGUCAACGGCUCCCUCUUCACCUCCUCUCGGUUGUUCUUCGCGGGUGCACGUGAAGGUCAUCUACCUAGCUUACUGGCUAUGAUUCAUGUGAAGCGCUGCACGCCAAUUCCAGCCCUUCUCUUCACUUGCAUCUCAACACUUCUGAUGCUGUGCACCAGUGACAUGUACACACUCAUCAACUAUGUGGGUUUCAUCAACUACCUCUUCUAUGGUGUCACUGUUGCAGGGCAGAUCGUGCUGCGGGUUAAACAACCAGAUAUGCACCGGCCAAUUAAAAUCAGUCUGGUGUGGCCUGUCAUCUAUCUGCUGUUCUGGGCCUUCCUGUUGAUUUUCUCUCUGUACUCGGAGCCCGUGGUGUGUGGCAUUGGCUUGGCCAUCAUGCUUACUGGAGUCCCAGUCUAUUUCUUGGGCGUGUACUGGGACAACAAACCACAGUGUUUCAAUACAUUUGUUGACAAGAUGACAUACCUAGGUCAGAAGUUUUGUGUAGUGGUCUACCCAAUGGAGGACGAGAAGAAAAACGAGGAGUCUGCAGAAGAGAUCGAACUGAAGGAACAGUCGGUUCCACUGUCAGCCGAGGAUGAGCAGACACCGAAAUCAGCUGACUGCUGAACAGACAUAUGGAGAUAUACUUAAUCACUCACGUACGGGCAGCCAGAUUUAUUCAGAUAGACACUGGAAAUCAAACUCAGAUUUUUCACAUACCUCUGUAUUUUGCCUUUUCAUAAAGAGGGGGUUGCACUGGAGUGCAGUGGCUAAGCUCAGGAGACUAAUGAACAGAGACUAGCUGCUCCACAUGUCAUGUGGUUCUGCUGUAGUGGUCUUAUACAAUGUUCUCCGUUCUCUCCAGUUGCUAGUCUCUUAGCAACUGCUUUCUACUCCAUUGGCUGUGCAACAGAAUUACAACAUUAAAAUGUGGGAUGAUAUAAAGCUCUAGAAUGUACUAGUUAUAAACACUGGAUUGGAAGGGUCUGCAUUUUUUAAAAAGACCUUUCUGAAACAUUCUUUUUUCUAUGAGAAUUAGAAUUCCAUUUCGUUUAUGCUAAAAAUGCCAAAAUACAUCAUGGCUUCGCCUGAAAUGGUGGCAGGGUUUAUUUUAUUUAUUUAUUUAUUAUUGAGUACAUUCUAAUGUUCUAAUUCUUACCCCCUCUUUAUUUUUCCUUUUUUUUUUUUUGUUAUCUCCCAACACUCCAAGGAAUAAAUGUUUUUUAUAAGCCAAAGCUGUAUUUUAAUUUGACAUUUUCUCAUUUCAAGUGUAUCACAUCACACCAAAACACUCAGAAGCAUUUCUUUUUAUAUAUUUUGAUAUUUUUCGAUUGUCCUGUUCUAAUCAUAUUCCUUUGUCAUUAUGAAGUUAUUGUUUUUUUCUACAUUUUAUUUUCUCUUUCCUGAAGGAAAGCUCUGGGAUCUUUUAUUAAUCAUCAUAUUUUUUAAGGCAUAUAUAUAAGAACCAAUUGUGGUGGUUCAGAGUAGAUUUCUACCAGGUUACUCUGGUACUGAAACAAUUUAAGCUCUUUUAUUUGCCUUAAAACUUUUACAUUAACUGUAUAAAGUUAUUAUCACUGUUGAAGAGUAUUUUUCUUUCUGAUGUUUUUGAAGAUAAAAAGUGUUAAGUGAAAAUAUAAAGAGGCCAUUGUGAAAUGAAGUGUUGCAAUGGUAUCUUCAUUCUGUGUGGACUUUACACAGAGAAUAUGGCUUUAGAGCCACAGUCAUAACCCACAAGUUUGCUUUCAUGCAGCUUAAUCAUUUCACAAGUAUAUACACAAAUAUAUAUUCAAAAGUGCAGAGUGUUUGGUUAUACAUGGCGAAAAAAGAAGAAGAAAAACAGUAGUGAUGCAUAGAUAGUGUCUGUGAUGUAGCUGAAAGCCUGUGAGAAUGUAAUAGUUUUGGUCCUGUCAUUUAUUAUGUGAAUAUUCAAAAACUUGAAAUCGGUUAUGUCAGAAGAGCUUGUUAAAUCAGUCUUAUAAUGCACACUAUAUUAUAAUUGUGACUGUAGAUGUUAAUGUAGGUGCAAUACAAGGGAAUCAAUCAAUCAAGCUAACAUAGUCUGGAUGAUUAUAUAUGAAUAUACUAAAUAAUUGAAUUACACACCUAAAUGGACAGCCUUAAAAAUAAUUAAUUUUCUAAUAAAAUUACUUAAAAUGUAUUCAUCUGUGUAAGUAAAUAAUAUAUGCUCAGUUCAAGAAUAAACAAUUAAAGUGUUCAGUAAGGCUUUUUAGUGGUCACAGGGUCUUUUUAUUGUGCCUCUGUAUUGAUGUCACACCUUUACCCACUUGUGAAGACUAUGGAAAAGUGCAAAUUGUUCUUUUUUCAUUAUUAUUUUUGCAGAUCUGUAGUGUGUAGAUGCUGUAUAAAAAGCAAUAUAUAUCAGUGUAAUUCAUUGCACAUUCAUUUUGCAUGAGCUUAAUCCCCCACAUUCCUCAGAGACCAUAAUAUCAAAUCUAUAACCCUCAUACUUACACAAGAAUCACUGCCUUUUGGUUCCUCUGUCCUAGUCAGGCAGCGAAGAGGCCUGUUAUCAUCCAUUAUUCAACUGACUGGGUAAACUUUAAACAUUGUAUGUAUCAUCAAAGGUGCAGAACAUCUUUGGUUGUAGUAAUGCUGCUCCUGAGCUGUGCCUCAGUAUCCAGCACUGCCUACUGUGUGCUAAACACAAACACUAUGUAUAUUUUAUAUGAAAGCUGGACUCUGAUUGUGCUGCAAUAUUUGGCUUUCAUUUCCAUGCGCACACACUAUCAUACAGUUGAUACCAAAAGCCAUGCAAAAUGAAUUCUGUCACAUUUGUAACAAAUGAUUGAUGUUGAUAUUUUGAAUGUCCUCACAAUUACAUUAAAGUCGAUACGAAAAUGACUUCUAUAGAUUAUAUUAACAUAUGUACAGUUUAAAAGGAUAAAGACCAUAAAACUCAAAUGACCACUUACACAACUGGGGGUGAACUGUUUGUACCAGAGUCUUCUUGUUUACUAUGCGUUUUGUAUUUGUUUGAACAGUAUAUAUUAAAAGACAAAUAAAUCAAUAUGCUGAACCA